GCCUCCAGGAAGUAAUCCUUUGCCUCUAUCUCAAGACACUCGCAAGAUCCGCGCCUUCGACAUCAUCAGCACAUCCAAAUUCAUUGUCAGCAACUCUCGACCCACAUCUAUGCCCUUGCCCUCCCAGCCGAUCGUUCCUCCUCGAAGGAUAAUUCAGGAGGACAACCCCUCUCCCUAUAUGUUCGCUAUAUGGGACUCGGUUGACGCCAGUCAAGCAGCCUCUCUGUACGAACGCUUGGAGCGGACCGUAGGUGACUUCAGGGACGCACCUACCGCCUUCAGAAUGUUGCGCCAAAUUCUUUGGGUUGCAUACCAAGGGACCGCAAGAGAGGACCAUGGUACUCUCCCAGGACCGCCGAUACGGUUUUAUAGAGACGUUGGGUCGGGAGUGGCCCUGCUCGGCAUACUCAUCGACGACGCUGUCGCUGGACGGUUUUCACUGCCCGAAGGACACAACAUCUUGGAGCCAUUGGGCAGUUCGUCGACCUGUGUCUUGCACAUAUGGCCGGUUGGCCAAUCAACAGCACACUCAACGAGUCAGAUUCCGCUUCAAAGGGGUGUCGGAAUGAGGAGGAGAGCUGUCACAACGGCAGAGUUGAUACAGGUUAUUGCUAGGCGUGUGUACGACUACUUCAGAUACCACGAGGUUAUCGUGCGCGGUAGAGGAAGAAUCACCACGAACCGCCUUUGUCUCGUUGGCCUUACUUGGAUAUCCCAGGGCGCAGUCAUUCCCAUUUUGCAGAUUGACGAUAGGAUUUAAUGGUACUGGUUGGACGCGAGAGCCAGCCUGCGAAUAAACUUCGGAGCUCAUCCUCUAGACCAUCCAGAAACAUGCGGAUGAACAAAACACCCGUUCCGUUAGAAUCCCAGCCUGCAUGAAGGAUGUUACCGUCAAUCCUGUUGUUCCUCCGCCCCGCGGACCACGCUCAUAGAGCUGUAUAUUGACUGUAUCAUCCGACCUGCUUUGAUUUUUGAGGUGUCCAUUAG